AUGAAUGUUCUUCAAGACCCAGAAGCCGAAAACACAUCCGAUCUUCGAAUCUGGGACAAUGCAGCAUUCGACAAUGGCGACUCACAAGAUUUCACAUCACUCAAAGCGCCACAACUUGUGUCUGUAUUCAAUUCUUUUGAAUCUGAUGAUUCAACUAAAGAAAAUCAAAGCCCUUUUGUUUUGAAUUCUCAGGCAAAGAUUAGGCCUAAUGGGCUCGGAAACUCGAAAGUGAAGCCUCUUGGUGAGCAGGAUCAAGAACUCAAGAAAAUUGAUGGUGAAAUUGAGGAGACUAAGAAGGCAAUUGACAGGCUUUCGUCAAGAUUACGAGUUCUUGAAGCCGAAAAGGCGAAGAAAUUGAAGAAGAUUGUGGAAAAGAAAAAGGGUUCUGGUUUGGGGCUUUCGGAGAUGAAUCCUGUGGAGGCAAUGCAGAGUAGGCGUAAAUCUUGUUUUUGGAAGUUACAGGAGAUUGGUGAAGAGAAAGUGGUUAAGAAAGAAAGGGGAAAAAGUGUUAGCCCGAAAUCGAGAAAAGGCCUUUCUGUGGCAAGAAAUGCAGCUACUACAAUUGGGAUAAGGAAAGGUGUGAAGAAAGAUGAGGGAGUUCUGGAAUCAAUUCAGCCUAAGAAAUUGUUCCGGGAUGUGGAGAAAUCAGGGGUUUCUAAGAAAUCAACGAGGCCUGGUAGAGUUGUAGCGAGUCGGUAUAAUAGUAAUCAGAGUACAAUUCAGGCUGCUGUGAAGAAAAGAUCUUUGCCAGACAAUGAUAAGGAUGAGAGUAAGAGGUGUGACAAGAAAAGGGCUUCUUUUGUUGCGAAAACUCCAGGGAAUGGUGAGAACCGAGUGAAGAAGAGAUGGGAAAUUCCAAAUGAGAUAGUUGUUUUUAGGAAUGGGGAAGCUGAUGAAUCACCGCCAUCUGUUUCUGUAGUGCAUGAUUUGAUUCCAAGUAUCAGGAUUUCCCGGUGUGUGAAUGAGACUCCUCGUGACUCAGGGCCUGUGAAAAGAAUGUCUGAAAUGGUGGGAAAGAAAUCAUUCUUUAGCAUUGAAGAGGAUGAUGUGGAUGUGGAAGCAUCAGUUUGUCAAGAACUGAGUUUUGUAGAUGAAGAUGCUCAAGGGGAAGUAUAA